AUGGCAAAAAAUAAUCAAAAAAGUUCAGUAUUGGAAAGUCCCAAAGACAGUAUAUAUGGAUAUACUAUUGAAAUCGGGAAUACCACUUACGAAAAUACUUUGGAAGAACGCAUACAAGCUGCUAAAAAUGCCUCAUCAAGUGCUAAACUAGCACCAAAACAAAACAUUGAAGAAAAGUUAUCAAGGUGUAGGAAUGCAAAAGAAUAUUUAAAUGUUCAAAAUAUGCCCUUUAUUAAAUCAAUGAGUAGUGCUCAAGAGUCAAAAAUUACAAAUAAGCAAUGGUCAUCUAUUAAUAAAACAGAUAUUCAAACUUCAACUCAUAUUCCUUUACCAAAAAACUUAACUAAAACUAAAAAUAUAAACUCAAAUUUUGAACCUAAAUGUAACACAAGUUUUUUAAAACAAGCCUUCAAAGGAGGCGGUUCAAUGCAACUCCGAUUAGAAGCUAUAAAAGCUAAUAAAAAGUUAUCUAAUAAGAUUUCUCAUGAAUGCAAUAAUACUUUAGAAUCUCAUCAUUCUUCAAAAAAUUUGAGUCUUCAAGAUAUACCUCCAAUGAAAAAUCAUAGUUCUAAAUUGUGUAAUACUAAUAAUUUAAAGCGCAAUGAGUAUAAAACUAGAUCGACUGUACAAAAACAUCUUCUUGAAGAAGUUAAAUAUACUGGGCACUGUGAUCGUACUAAGGAUAUUACUAAUACACCAUAUAAAUCGGUAACUUCAGGAGUAACUUCUGUACAAAAUAGACUUAUAAGUGCAAGAGAACAAAUGACUGCCAAAUCUAAAGGUAAUAAUGAAUUUAAUGUUUCGAAAUGUGGAAUAAUUAAAAAACCAUCAACAUGUGAAAUAGACAAUAUUUAUUGUGAUACAAACACAUUGGGCCGUAACAAUAAAAAUAAAAUAAAACGGUUAAACCAACCCAAUGAAAGUAUCAAAAAGAAAAAAACAGGGCUUGUGUCAACUACUAAAAAAAUUAUUUUAAACAACAAUUCGUCUGUGAAUAAAUGUAUUGAUCAACGGCUAAUGAAUGUACAACAAAAACCAAUUGUACCGAUUCUAAAUAAUAUGAAUUCAUCUAGUUCUUCUUCCGCAUCAGAAACAAUUGUAUCAACAAAACUUGGAAAUCGAUGCAUUUUAACAAAUUCAAAAUCUAAGGAACUAGACUCUUUUAGUUUUGUUAGGCCACAAACUUCUUGUAAUCGACAAGCAUUUGAAAUUAAAAAAAAUACGCAAUUUAAUAAUGAUGACUCUAUGGAAUGGGAAGAUAUAAUUGAAACAGACGACAUAGUUGAAAAAGUUAAUAACUUGAGAAGAACUAAACAUGAGUAUGAACCUAUGGAGUGGACACCGGAUUCAAUCAUGCACUCUGAUAGAAUUAAUUACUGUUUAGUGAUUGAUACAAAUAUACUUUUAUCAGAUUUGAAAUCAAUUACUAUUCUUAUAGAUAAAAAUUUAACUGAUUAUGGUUAUCCAACAAUUGUAUUACCAUGGCAAGUUUUAAAAGAACUUGACUGCAUAAAAAAUGGUGAAAAUUUACUUGGAUAUCGAGCACGUGAAGCCUCCCGAUGGCUAUUAGAUAUGCUUUCAAAACGUCAUCCAAGAUUAAAAGGACAGCCAAUGACAAAAAAAUCGUCUCUGAGUUCUGAUGAUGAUAUUUUAAGGUGUGCCAUAACUGUAAAAGAGAGAGUGAAUAUUGUAUAUUUAGUUACCGAUGAUAAAAUUUUAAGCAUAAAAUCAGAAGUUAAUGGAAUAUCAGUAAAAAAUUCAGUAUGGAUCCAAAAUUUAGUUAAAAAUACGAAUCAAAACAACUCAGACAUUUUCCAAGAGGCUGUUAAAAAUUAUCCAAUAAUUGAAAAAAAUUCAAUUAUGAAAUUUGAACCUCAUUUGGAACAUAUUAUAGUAAGGGUCUUAAAAUAUGCUGUGCGUCUUAAUAAUAAAUAUUCAAUUCUUACUCAAAAAUUGUGGUGGGAAAUAUACUCAUUGUCAAAACCAUUCAGUUUAACUCAAUUGUUAGUGAAGUUAAAAGACCACUGGAAUAUAAUAGCACCUCAUCAAUUUCUUAAAGCCCCCAAAAAACAAUUGGAUUGUAUGGAAUAUUUUUUUAAUGACCUUAAACAAAUCUCACCUGAAGUUAGCCUUAGUUGGACUGAGUUUUACAAUUUUCUCAAGUACUCUACAGAAACUAUAAUUGCUUUACCUUAUGAAUAUUAUCAUAUUACUGAUGUACUUUUAUAUGAUUUGAUGAAAGCUAGAAGAUAUUUAAAACAGAAACUAGAAGGUACCACACUAGGUGAUAAGUUGUUUUAUCCAUUAAGUCAUUUAAGCAUUUCAAACAAUAAUGAUCUUAAUAUUGACAACAUUUUGCACAAUAUUUCAAAAGAAGUUGAUACAUUUUGCUCAUGUUUUUAUAAUGAUAAUGGAUUUAAACGCGACUGGUCUGAAAAUGAACUAAAAUGUAGUGUUCUUAAAACAAUAAAUGUUGAUGAGAGAAUUAAAGACUAUUGUUCUAAAUUAUCAAAUAUUAUCAAAAUUAUGCUUAAAAUAAAUGUAUUCAAAACUGAAGAAAUAUUGGAAUCCCACAUAAUUAUUGAUGCGUUUUUAAAAGCAAUUACUGAAUUCAAUGACGACUUUGGAAACUUGAAUAAGCAACAUGUCAUUGAUUAUUGUUUACUGAAAAAUAAAAAUUCGUUUUUUCAUAUUUUGUUAUCCUUUCAAAAUAACUUGGCAGCCAUGAAAAAUUUGAUUACCACUAUUAAGUAUUAA